AUGAGCGUUCAAUCACCGUCCGAGGACGACAGCCAGUGCGCAAGCGGGCCGUCACGAGCGGCCCGCUGUCGACGCCACUGCGUGCUCAUGAACAACGGCGUCUGGAUGCCCCUCGUCGGCAUCGCUAUCUGCAAGGGUGAUUCGGCGAUGGUCGAGAAAGUCGUUGAGUCGGCGGUGAGUGCCGGCUACCGGUUAAUCGACACGUCGCACGCGGCCCACAACGAGGCGGCCAUCGGCAACGCCCUGCGCCGCGUCAUCGCAGCAGGGAAGGUCAGCCGCGAGGAACUGUUCAUCGUCACCAAGCUUCCGUGCGAGGGAAACCGACGCGACAAGGUUCACAAGUACCUACGCUCGUCGCUGCGGAAGCUGCAGCUGCCGUUCGUCGACUUGUUCCUGAUCCACUUCCCGGACGAGUCGGCGACGCUGCCUGCGGUCGACGAGACCGACAUUCUCGACACGUGGAGGGGCAUGGAAGAGGCGGCCAACAUGGGAAUGACUCGUUCAAUCGGCCUCUGCAACUUCAACAAGGAACAGGUGACCCGGAUUCUCGCAAUGGCAACGAUAAAGCCGGCCGCUCUGCAGGUCGAGUGCCACGCGUACCUCAACCAGGACGAGCUGCUGCAGUUCUGCAAGGAGAAUAGUAUCCGCCUCACAGCAUAUGCGCCACUGGGUAGCCCCGUCGGAAGUAGAGCAGUUUCCAAGCCUCACGAAUACCACAGCCAUUCCGACCUCCUUCAAGACGCCGUGAUUAAGAAAAUUGCAGAGAUCUACAAGAAGACGCCAGCACAGCUGGAUCCUGAUCCGGUGGCUAGUACAGCGUGGUAUCGUGGCCUUACCCCGGGCCACCUGCCCCGAUCACAUCCGAGAAAACAUCCAGCGUGUCGUGGGCUCAACGGACUGGGCAGGGGUCAUCCAGGCAGUGGCAAGGCAAAGGGCAGUCAGUAG